ACCACCGUCCCGCCCCCGCGCCGUCCCACCCUUGCUCCCACUCGUUGCGCCGCGCCGCGCGAUGCAGGCCCGCGUCGUCGUCUUCCCCGUCAAGGGCCGCGCCUGGUGCUUCGCCCUCCCGCGCGCCUCCGCCGCAGCGCCCGCUGCUGAUGGCGCCCUCCCGCGCCCGACCCUGAGGGACCUCUGGCGCGGCAUCUCCUCCGGGUCCCGCACGGCGCCGGAGAAGGCCGAGGCGGUCGUCGACUUCGUCGCUGACAAGAUGAACAGGGCGUGGGUCGGGUUCGGGAGCGCGCCGGAGGGGUCGAUGAAGAGCCGGAUCCACAGCUUCGGGCUGAAGCUGCUGUCCCGGGUGAGGCCGUCGGAGGUGCUCCUGAAGUCCGUCACCAAGGACGUGAGCGCGCUCGAGAUCGUGCAUCCGGCGAGCAUAAAUUCUCGUCUUGUGCGUCGACGUUUGCGGCAUAUUGCUGUUAGGGGUGCAUCAGUUCACAAGAAAUUUCUGUAUGGCUCGGUUUGUUUGCUUCCAGUUACUAGUGUUUUCAUGGUACUACCGUUACCAAACAUUCCAUUCUUUUGGGUGCUAUUUCGUGCUUAUUCUCAUUGGAGAGCUCUACAGGGAAGUGAGAGGCUCGAGUUACUAGUUUCUGACUGCUCAGAUAAGUGGAAAGUUCUUGAGGAGAAGAUUAAUUCAGUAAAGGAUGGCAAACCCAGUGAAAAUGCAAGGAAUUCUCCUUGGAAGCUGCGGCCAUCAGAAAAGCUUGACAGGUUUCUUGAGGGUAGAAACUUGGAUGAAGGUUUGGAUUGUGAUACCAUUUUGAGUAUAUGCCAGGAGUACGAUUUGGACAAGAUCGAUGUUCUCAAGUACAGGGAUCUUCUGUAGCCACAUCCAGAUUGUUUCUCUGAGGUUUAUACGUUUAAAUUCUUCUGCUAGUGAGAUCAAGAUGAAGGGUACAAGAGUUGCAUGAACCCACUAACCAUUGGCGGUCAAAUGAGUUCUUUUAAAUAGCUUCAGAUUUUCUUGUUAUGUACCAAACCGGUCUGCCACUAGUGCAAUGAUCUCAGAAACAAAGAGGACAUCUUAUGAAACUAUAGAAGCCCAGGGCAGUUGUUCCCACCGUGCAAAUAGAGAUUGCUAGCUGCCAACUUUCCCCCGUCAGCCAUCACAAAUUUUAGUUGGGAUCAAUGAACGACAAAUGCAAAGAGCAGGGUUGAAAAUUGAGAUUGGCCAUCCGUACAUGCUUCUCUCUCUCUCUCUCUCUCUCUCUCUUGUUUGUGGCUCUCAAUCUAUCUUUGGUUGUAUUUGAAUCUUGUACUGGGAUCCAAUGCAUAGCCUUCUCGAUCUGGAGGGAUUCUAGAGCUUUGAUCUCUCAGGUGCCUUUUCUGCACAAAUGCAUGACUAGCUUCAUAUC